AUGCUAAGUCCCUUCAGAACUACAAUCAAAACAGGACAGCUAGUCCGAUCUGUUUUUUCACAGCAACGUCGUUCCAUGGCAUUGGCAUCAGUUGUGAAUUGGUCGAAUGGAUUGGGAGAAGAGACUAAAGAGUAUCAGUUGGUUGCAAGAAGCUUUGCGGACAAGGAGCUCGCACCCAACAUGACCCACUGGGAUGAAACAGAAACGUUUCCUAGGGAAGCAUUGUCCAAGGCAGCUCGUCUUGGGUUUGGAGCCAUCUACUGCAAGGACGAUUUUGGCGGUACUGGGCUGGGUCGUCUGGACUCUUCAGUUAUUUUUGAAGCCCUUUCAACUGGGUGUGUAAGCACUACUGCCUAUCUCAGCAUUCACAACAUGUGUGCAUGGAUGAUUGAUACUUUUGGAAACACUGCUCAGCGUGAAAAGUACAUGCCUUUGCUUGCAUCGAUGGAAAAACUGGCAUCGUAUUGUCUUACUGAGCCAGGUGCUGGAUCUGAUGCUGGAUCACUGGCUACAUCUGCUGUCAAAAAAGGUGAUCAUUACAUUCUGAAUGGAUCCAAAGCAUUCAUUUCUGGUGCUGGUGAUACCGAUGUCUAUGUCAUCAUGGCUCGUACUGGUGGCCCAGGACCAAAAGGAAUUUCUUGUUUUAUCGUUGAAAAAGGAACUCCUGGACUCAGUUUUGGAAAAAAGGAAAAAAAGGUUGGAUGGAACUCGCAGCCAACCAGAGCUGUUAUCCUCGAGGAUUGUGCAAUUCCUGCCGCCAAUCUUGUUGGAAAAGAAGGACAAGGUUUUGGCAUUGCUAUGCGUGGUCUCAAUGGUGGACGCAUUAAUAUCGCUUCGUGCAGUUUAGGUGGUGCACAAGCUGCAUUGGAAACCACUGUGGACUACGUCACUAUUCGCCAACAGUUCAACAAGCCUUUGUCUGCAAAUCAAACUGUCCAGUUUAAACUUGCAGAAAUGGCUACCUCACUGGAAUCCUCUCGUCUACUUGUUCGUGAAGCAGCGCGUCUCGUGGAUGAAAAUGCUGCAUCCGCACCAGCUUGGUGUGCCAUGGCUAAACUGCAUGCCACUGACAGCUGUUUCACGAUUGCCAACGAUGCACUUCAGCUUCAUGGCGGAUAUGGAUAUCUCAAAGAAUACAAGGUGCAGCAAUACGUUCGUGAUCUUCGCGUUCAUCAGAUUCUCGAAGGUACAAACCAGGUCAUGCGCCUCGUUAUAUCUCGUGAGCUACUAAAAUAGCCGCUCGACAAUGCAAAGCAACCAUGCCAUGAAUGAAGCAUUUCUACCAUUUUUUGAAUAAAGAAUAUGCUUAACGUUUCAUUGCUACUAUAAAACAA